GCGAGGGCGCGCUGGGCUCGCGAAGUCGCGAGAUUCGUGAGAGGGGGGGCCGCCCGCUGGCUCUGGUGUCUACGUCGAGGAGAAGUACAGGCGAGCGGCCGAGGAGUUCAAAUGUUGUGUCGCGUGCACCGCCUGCGCCUGGCCAGCGAGGAAGCGGACAGAUCCAUUUCGCGCCAACCGGCCGCGCGUCGAGCUUAGCCGCGACGGGCCCGCCAGUCGUGCGUGCGCGCCGAUGUGACGGUCCAACGGCGAAAUCUGUUACGUUCCGGGCGGCGCGGGACGCCGAGGAGAUACAUAUGAAGCUGCCUGGCUGGACGCUGGUAGAGAGGCUCGCUAACGAGACGGCAUGCUUGUAAGAGUCGCCGCGCACCGUCACGUGGGAUGAAUGAGGAAGAAUUGUUGAAACGGUCUGCCGCAGAGCGCGAUAGGAUUUUCAGUUGCUAUGAUCGCGGACGGGAGGGCGCCGAGAUUGAUCCCUGGGAGGAUCCCGCCUACGAAGUUUAUCACGCUACAGAUAGAUAUGGAUUCAUACACGAUAAGAGAUUACCACAGAAGCCGGAUACGUACGAGGUCAAGUUGCAGCACGUGGAGAUGGAGAGACUGAAGAAAUGGGAGAAGAUGACGAAGCAGUGGGACGGUGCCUCGACCAAGGAGAAGCUGCGCCGUAGAAUAUACAAAGGGAUCCCUGACAGAUUUCGCGGUCAAGUAUGGACCCUGCUUCUGGGGAUAAAGAACCUGAAGAGGGAGCAGGCGGGCAAGUACGAGGAGAUGCUGCAGCUGGCUCGCCAGUGGUCCACGGAGAUACGGCAGAUCGACGCCGACGUCGCCAGACAAUACAGAGAUCAUAUUAACUAUAGAGAGAGAUAUAGCAUAAAACAAAAGUCCAUGUUUUACGUACUGGCCGCCUACAGUAUGUACAACAUGGAGGUAGGAUAUUGCCAAGGAAUGUCUGUGCUAGCCGGUCUGCUGUUGCUUUACAUGAACGAGGAAGACGCUUUCUGGGGCCUUUCUGUGUUGCUUGCCGAUCAAAAAUACAGCAUGCACGGCUUCUACGUCGAUGGAUUUCCAAAAUUAAACCGCUUCAUAGAGCACCAUGACAAGAUAAUGAACAAAUUUUUGCCCAAGCUGAAGCGGAAGAUGGACAAAUGCGGCUGCGAUUCCAUACUCUAUGCGUUGAAGUGGUUCUUCGUUGUCUUUCAGGAGAGAACUCCCGUCAGUCUCGGUCUUCGUAUUUGGGACAUAUUUCUGUUGGACGGCGACCGUAUCUUACCGGCAAUGGCGUACACCGUGAUGAAGUUGCAUAAGCGCUACCUGCUACCGAUGGAGAGUCUCGAUGAAUUCUGUAACUACCUGCAGAUUAAGCUGGAGAAGGAUUUUUCCUUCGACGACGACGCCGUGAUAAAUUCGAUGGAGCGCAAUAUGGAAGAGUUAAAGCGUGCCAAAUUAGAUUACCCGGGUGCCCCGUUGCCGCACGAACUGCCCCGUUACCCGUUUGGCACUUUCCAGGAACCCACUUUUACCAGCAAGGUUGGAAGGCGAAACGAAGAGUUUAGCGAAGCUCAGCAUGUAAUGCGAGAGUCCGUGGCGCAGCGCAGGGACAUGGCGCUGAUUGACGACGGCAGGGAGAGUACGACCCCCGUCGAGCCGACCAGUGGCCUUGGCGGCAGCAAAUUCUCCUUCGAUCCGAGCAUCGACGAGGGCGCGUCCCCCAACGGCUCUCGUCGGUCGUUAGCCGAGACGUCGGUGACGUCCACAGCUGAUUUGUCGGUGUUCAGCUCGGCGACACGUUCCCAGGCCCUAGACAACAGCCUGGACACCCAGAGCAAUAUCUCGAACGCGAGCUCGGGCAGCGGCGGCCUACCGACGCCGCGGGCUACACCGCACCAGCCCAGCCCGGAUGUGGUGCGAAUCUACGUGCCGUACACGUCGCCCACGUACACGUCGUCGGCGGUGGCCUCCUACAAGGACGACCUGCCGCGCACACUGCCCCGCUCCCUGGAUACCAACAAGAUCCGCAUUCGCGUCGACCCGGAUCAGACGCCCAUUGUCGAAAACCUCAAGCCGUUCACGCUGGAGAGCCCGGAGGUCGAGCUGGAUUUGAAGUGAACCGGUCGAGCUACACGCGAGCGUGAAGUCGUAAAUGGCCGACGUACGUACGGUAGUUUUGGCGUCCUGGAAGUCGCGCGUUCCUGGCCAAGAGAAUGGCAAUACCAUGACGUUAAAGGCAUCCGCUCAAAAGACCUCUUUUGUUUUUCUUUUAAGUGGUUGAUCGGUUAUUGGAUAUUAGAACCGCCGAAUGCAAUUAGUACACUUUAAUUCUUGGCGGUACAUUCAACAUAUUUUCUGUUGCCCCUCUUGGAAAGCAAAAUAGCUAGUUCAAGUUUCUGUCGAGUGUAUAUGUCAAAGAUUUGUUAUUAGAGACAAAACAUCCGCACGAGUCUUGAGAUAUUCUCAAGAAAAAAAUGCGCGACUUCUGGUAUACCCUGUAUAUCCUGCAACAUCUUGCGCGUAUGCAACAGAAGGCACGACAAAUACGACAGCUAUUGUUUAAAUCUCAAGAGAUCUCUUUAUAGAAAGCGUCAAUUGAUGAAUUAAGAAUUUAGAAAUGAGAGAAAAAUUAACGCGAUGUACCCCGUCUCUAGAACGUAAUCUUAAACACUUAUCAACUACGAUAUAAUCUUUGAUAUUCGUUAAUUCUUAUAAAUUGCAUUUCGAUUUAAAACUGUUGUAAAGUUGUAAGAUUCAAUUGUCUCUCGAUUUUAGAGAGCACCUAUAAGAAAAGAUCGACAAUUACAUUCCACAACUUACGAAGGUUCAAAGAAAUUGGAGGUAUAAAUGUUUCAAUAAAAAAAAAAAAAUGUUAAGCGGGACUUGUAAUGCUUCAAUUUACGAAGAUUGAAAUGAACGAAAUAUUGUCGCUGCACUUUGGCCUAAUUUACGUUUCAUGAAUGCGUUGCACGUUUUAUAUAGUAUUUUUCCAUAGACACAGUAGGAAUAAACGGGGCAACGCAUCCUUGAGCUGAUGCCGACGAAUAAUGAGAGUGCGACAGAACAGGAAGUAUAAUCUUUAUGUCUUCGUACAGUAUCACAAUUUUAAGGCUCCCUGUUGCAGUUAUUCUUAAUGACAAAGCGAGACAAAAGCGAUAAAUGACAUUGAGAAUUCUCACAUCUUGAAAUGAAAGGAUAUUUUGAUAAAUAAACUUGAGAUCAAUAUUAUCAUCUAUGAUCGAAGAUGCACAGCUUGCCCGAUCUUGUCGAAUUGGCACGAAGACAAGCGGAGCGUUCAUAUACUUUUUGUUAUAUCGUACUGUCCACAGUUCGUUGGCGUAAUGUUUUUAUAGGAAGAGAUAGACGAUACUUCGUUUCUUCCUAUUAUGUCCGUGGUUCUCUCUUGUAUUUAUCACGCAGUCUUAUUUACAGUUAUUUCGUUUUGGUUCCUACGAGGAAAAAAGAACUCUGCUACACAGUAUAUUGAAUCGUUAUUAAGAAUUAAGGGUAGAAAAUCCCGCUGUAUAUAAUAAUAAGGCAAAGAUGUACCUAGAGGCAAAUUCAUUUUUUUACAUAACUACUGUAAAGAAUUGAGUUCCGUUAGAUAUACAUAUAUAAUCGAUAAUAUAAAUCUCGUUAAGCUCUAAUAUAACCGAAUUUUGUAACGUAGCUAUAAUAAGAAAAUAGAUUUGUCUCUGGAUGUGAUGCGUUUCGCUACUAAAACUUCUGGUCAGGAUUACGCCGUGAUUUCGUUUUGUUCUUUAAAUUUAAUAGAGUAUAAACUUGCCGAUGACUAUUUAUCUGCCGGGCAGCCGUAAGCUGGUAAACGAAUUUAUUAACGCACUUCCCGAUGGUGUACGAUGUACCGCUUAUUUAUGCGCUCACGAGCCAAUUGUAUCUGCCUGGUCCUCGAGAGGAAAAACUACUCAUACUAUUAAGUAUUAUACUGCCUUGGUAUUGUCUCUUUAAGUUUUAAGUUGUUUGUUUUCUCUCUCUUUCUCGCAUCUUCUCAUAGUUUCUUUUCUCGCAAUUCGUAUGUUGUAAGAAAGAUACUUUUGUACAUACGCAUAAUAUAUAUUUAAAGAACGAAAUGAAAGGAAGGAAGAAGACUUUAUGUCACAAGACGAAUGAAACUCCUCGGAUGUAGUCGAGUUCGAGCUCUUCGUCGUAGAAUGUGAAUACUGAACAGUUUGUGCUGCACCGAAAGUAUUUGUAUUAUUUGUUUGCGAAGCAUCGCGUUUUGGAUGUGCGCACCCUUUGCUUUCGACUUCGCCGAACAUUCCCGAAAACGCGCGCCGUAUUCCUCGAUGUACAUAGCCUCGCGGAUAGAGAGCCUAAAAGAGAAAGUUGUUCCCCAUGCGUAACUCGGACUCGGCAAACAAUCGAUUGUUAUACCUAAUAAUGAUAGCGUAAGAGAAGCGAUGUUGGUUAAAUAAAUAUUAAAUGUUGAUCGUCCGGAUCUUUAUCGUGUUACGCAACAACAGGUUGAUAGAAUUAAAAUGAUCUAUCAUAAGUUCCUCUCCGAUUAUUUCUGACGCGAUUCGGAACAGUUGUAACAACGAUGGCCUUACAUUUCCGAUUAGUUCGGCGAGAAAAUGAUUUCUCUCGAUUGCGCGACAGCGAAACAUUGCUACGCAAAUUAAUUCAGAUACAGAUUCCGCUUAUUGUGCUUCUCAAGUUGGAUCGUCUCGUAGAGACUAGCUUUCGUUGACGGUGUAAAGUAUAACGAUGGAAUACCUUGCUAUGACACAAUGUUGUUAAUAAAGAACUAGCGAGAGAAUUGUUAAACAGAAUAGAUAUAGCGCUGAUCGGUGUUGCAACGCGUUCACGUAACUUGCUUGAGAAAAUCAAACUCGACAUAGCCAACCGAGUCACUAAAGAGGGAGACGUAUUAAGUAAGAGACUUUACAAAGGCGCACGGGAAUUGUUAUACACUGAUCGACCGGUGAUUGUGGCCGACAAUGCUGAUAAUGCUUAGCGCGUAGUUACAAAUCUCGAACAACGCGCGUUUCUCAUUAAUUACCUACAUCUUAUCCGGUAGAAUUGUAUAGAUAAAUUUGAUAACUGGUGUUACACAGUACGAAAAAUACUCUAUCGACGAGACACGCGGUGGUCCCUGUCAUGUGCAACGAUUUUUGUUUCGCGUUAUCCAAGCAUAAUUUAGUUCUUAAGAGGCGAUUGUCCGUGGAAACGACGAUCAGCCGUCACUGCAUUUAUCCGAUCGUGAGAGCGAGAACGCAAUUACUUUAUUAUUAGAUCACGAAUGCGAACUUUACUCGAGUUUAGGAGUAAUUUCGAGCGUCCCCGGCUUCAAUAGAUUUAAUUAGAAAUUUAAGCGCGUAAAUGAAUUACGAUUAUAAAUACAGCAUGUCCAGAAGCUAUUCUCCGCCUCUCAACAGAACUUUUCCUUUAGCAAAUUGCUCCGAAUUGUUCUCGGUGAAAAUGUAACGGGGAAAGCUAAUUUCAAUUGCAUUUCACGGCUGUGUAAAAAAUUCGCGUAAUUUUCGGCGUCAGCUGGGACAAUUUCACUAAAUUUCGUACGGUCUCCCGUCGUCGAGAGGCGACGCGGCACGAUCGCGACGUUGCGAGACGCGCUGUAUAUAUUCUCUGUUCAUUAUUCACAUUCGACUGGCUACUUUUGUACAGGCGCAAUAUAGUCCGUACGUAAUGCCUGAGGAAGAACAAGUGUGUACAAACACUAUCGAGACCAUUAGCGCGAGUGGAUAUUUUUUUUAUACGUGUUAAUGGCGGGAGAUGUAGCUUAGGCUCUCGCGCGUUAUUUUUCUCCUUAUAGGAUAGCGUAUACAUAUUAUAUAUAGGAUGAUGUUUAUAAUCCGACGAAUGCAAUACUCAUCGAAAUCUUACCAAUUACCGACGAGGGGGGAGGGGGGGGCUGCACUAAGUCGAUUAAUUGUCGAAACAAUAAAGUCUAAUUGUCAACAUAGCAAAUAUACAUCUCGCUUCUUCCAGCAUCACUUCUUUUAUUGCGCAACUGGUGUUCUGUUCCAAUUUGUUUAUCUUUAUUUACAAGCACUUUUGCAUACCUGAUCUGAAGGUGCAGGAUCGAUCGAGAUGAUAUGUCGUACCUUCUCAAACAAGUGUAUUGAAUUCAUCACGAGAUGACUAAUAAAUGACGCCUAUCAAUCUCGAACAUCGAGGAAUGAUUUAUCCAAUGAUUGUCGAGUUCCUCGUUGGGAAAUAUCGCAUUUAAUUGCAAUUAAUUGUAACUGCGUUUUAUUACAAUUAACCGAACCAUCUCGAUGGAUUUCUGAAUUGGUAUGUCUUCCGUUUUCGUUAUUUUUAAUAUAACAGCUCGAUCUUCUAAGAAAUGUUUAAUGCGCGGAACUCUUGCUUGAUUCUAGAGAAAUUCGUUGCAGCCAAACUUUCUUUUUCCUUUUCCUUUGUAUAUAGCUACAUGUGUACACUGUAUAAAUAAAACGUCAAAUGGGCAUGACUGUCGGUCGACACUCAUUUGGUUUAUAAC